GUGCAUUGCUGAGUGGAGUACAAGCCCAAUCGCUUCCUUUUCACUGUCCUUUACUUUGGCGCAUAGUUUCAGGUUUCUUUGUUCAGGAGUUAAUAAAACAAAACAGACUGAGCUCAGAUUUAUGUAAUUGCCAUAGUUGAGAUACAGAUACAGUAGGUGCAGAGGUGUCGCCUGCUUUGGAUGAAGCCUCUCCUGGCUCGACUUCACCCUUUGAGAUGCUUGAAAUGGAGCCUGUUCCUGCUCCCUACCAAAAGGUGGCGCCUCACUGGUUCUUCUGCAAACGGGCCGAUGACAACACUCUGUGGUUCCCUUUUAGCAGAGAAGACUCAGACAAAUUAGAGAAUGCUCACAACGCAGGUAAGCAUCUACAAACUCUGUACAGACCAGAUGAGGGGUCAGGAACUAAUUUUGGCAAAAAGGCCAAGAGUGAAUGCAGAGUCUCAACACACCUGAAGAUUCACAGGUGCGUAGGAAGCAGGUGUAGCCAACAAAGUGUUCAAAAAGAGGUUCCCACACACUGUGUCGCUCUCAUUCAUUAGUUUAUUCAGGUAACGUUUCGGUCCGUUUGACCUUCAUCAGACAUAUUGGCCAUGAAAGCCACAUAUUUUAGAUUAAAAUGCAUUAGAAUUUUUUUUUUAUGUUGAACAGUAUUUUUAACACUUUUAAAAUGUCAACGGAUAAACUUCUUCUGGCAAACUGAGCCAUAAGAGUGAUGUUAGUGGUGUGGUUCUCAAACUUUUGCUUUUUAUGUUACACUGUAUUUUCACACAUCCCCACUCAAAAAAGCUAUGUGAGACUCUGUGUAAAUAUCUUGUGCAGAGAUCUUAAAGUGCGUGUACAUAUGCUAAUGUGUGUCUGCGUUAACUGCGUACCAGGAGACGAUGAAUGUGAGGUGGUGGUGGCUGUUGAUGGGGAGCGCUAUGAUGUACAUGUCAAGCAGAGGAAGCGCUAUGCUGUAUACUGGGAACAAGCAACCACUGAAGUCCGCCGCUGCACCUGGUUUUACAAAGGAGAUAAAGACACCAGGUUCCUGCCAUAUCCAGAAGAUUUCAGCAACAGUCUAGAGGAUGCCUAUAAGAUCGCUGUUACCUCAGAUGAGUGGAAAACGAAGCUGGAUUUUCCCACUGGAGAAACUGUCAUUUUACACAAUCCCAAGCUGAUAAUGCACUAUCAGCCAUUAGGCAUGCAAGAAGACUGGAUCUCUUCGCCAUCAGAGCAGACCCGUCCUAGAACAGUCAAGCGAGGAGUUGACAACAUUGCUGUGGAAAUACCAGAUGGUGAACCAGAAAAGGUGGACCACCUCGUAUUUAUGGUUCAUGGAAUAGGUCCAGCAUGUGACUUGCGCUUCAGAUCUAUAAUACAGUGUGUAACUGACUUCCGGAACGCUUCACUGUCCCUCCUGGCCUCUCAUUAUAAAAAUGCUCAGCUGGAGGGCAAGGUGGGCAGAGUGGAGUUCCUUCCUGUGAACUGGCACAGUGCUCUGCAUGGGGAUGCUACUGGUGUGGAUGAAGAUAUCCAUAGGAUCACUCUGCCGAGCAUCAGCAGACUGAGACAUUUCACAAAUGACACCCUGCUGGACCUGUUUUUCUACAACAGUCCCACCUACUGCCAGACCAUAGUGGACACCGUAGCCUCAGAGAUCAACAGACUACACACGCUCUUUAAACAGAGACAUCCAGCGUUCAAGGGGGAAAUGUCUGUUGUUGGCCAUAGUCUUGGUUCACUGAUACUGUUUGACAUGUUAACCAACCAGAGAACUGGUUCAGAAUCUUCCAGAGGCAAGGUUCUGUCUGAGGACCCCUGUCAUCCAAAACACGACACACUGGAGCAGGCUCUCACCAGACUUGGCCUGCAGCAAUACCUGCCCACAUUACAAGCAGAAAACCUGGAUCUGGAAUCACUGGCUCUUUGUCAAGAAAAUGAUGUCAAAGAUUUAGGAAUUCCACUUGGACCACGGAAGAAGAUCCUUAAAUAUGUCAGAAGGAAAUGUUUUUCAGAGGAUUACAAAGCAACACGGCAGCCAAAAGGGCUGCAAGAUCCACCUCAAGGUUCUGCCACCAGUGAGGACAAUGGUAAUUCGUCACCAGGAUCGGAGGCACAGAAGGCCCAGUUACACAGAACACAGUCCGUCACCAGUUCCGUAGACUAUGAAUAUUUCAACAUGGGCAUCGGACAGACCAGUGAAGGCAUAGCCAAGGGACAGGUAUCCAUCAAUUACCCGCAGCUGGCAUUCCACCCGCAGACCUUUUUUGCAUUUGGAUCUCCCAUUGGAAUGUUCCUGACUGUCCGAGGGCUUAAACGUAUCGAUCCCAACUAUAGCUUCCCAACCUGCAAGAGCUUUUAUAAUAUAUAUCACCCGUAUGACCCUGUCGCUUACCGGAUUGAACCCAUGAUUAUAUCAGAUGUUGAUCUGGAGCCGAUGCUAAUUCCCCACCACAAAGGCCGUAAGAGGAUGCACUUGGAACUGAAAGACAGCUUGACCCGCAUGAGCAUGGAUUUGAAGAAUAAUGUACUGGGAUCAUUGCGCUCAGCUUGGCAGUCUCUUGCCCGACUACCUGUUGCUGCUCUGCCCCCAGUGGAUGAAGGAGAAACUACAGUAGAGGGAAACUCUCAGGAGACACAGGCCUUGGGUGCACUUUGUGCUUCUGCGCAGAGGGAAGAAAAAACUGGUGACUUUUGGACAAAAGUAAUUGAUUGGCCCAGGGCCCUUCAUAGACAUUACUUACAAGCAGCAGAGAACGAGGAAGCAGAGUUCAAAGCGCCCAUGGACCAGCCGGAGCCAGCAGAGCAGCCCGAGAUAAAAGUGGGAAUGUUGAAUGGAGGAAGACGAAUCGACCAUGUGCUCCAGGAAAAACCUAUAGAGAGCUUCAAUGAAUAUCUGUUUGCUAUUCAGUCUCAUCUUUGCUAUUGGGAAUCCGAAGAUACAGCUCUACUGCUGCUAAAGGAGAUCUACGACAAGCUGGAUGUGACAUUGGAACAGCCGCAACAGUAAUUAGAUUUUCCUCAAUAAAUCCCACUUCUGCAGUGGGUACAUAAUGGACACUUGACAAGGUUGUGCAAUCAUCUUCAAUGAAUGCCUUAAUGCCUGCAACAAUUGGUCAGGUGAACUCUGGUUCUGUCAGUCAAUAUUUCAGUCACCACAUACGUGGGUUGGUGACUUAUUUAUUGAUUCAGGCCUACUCUGUUGCACUAGUCUGUCUUUUAAGCACUUCAUUGUUUUCUUACCUUGCACUUUUACUGUUUUCAACAUGUCAUGCGCACAAUUACAUGUGAAUAAUGUAAAAGAUUUAAUGUAAAAACUUGGAAGUAUAGUUAAAAAAAAUAUGGUUGCUGAGUUAGACUUUCAACCUUGAUUUGUUAUACAGUAGGAGGAGGUCAAACUCUGAAGUGACCGGUUCUUUAUCCUAUUAGCAUUAUAAAUAGCAAUGGCGUUGUUUUGGUUGACUGAAAUAGUUUUUUGGAUAUUUAGGCACCAUCCCAAAGAAACCCAAAGCUGCUACACCUUUAAUGUGCAAUGUUAAACUGAAGUUGAUCCUUUUCAGUUGAGCUUUAAUAAUUUUUUUCAGUGUUAUAGUCACACAGAAGUGUGAAGCAAUUCAACUUAAAAUUAUAUGCAUAGAUGUGUGCCUUUUCAGUACUGUCCUUCGCCUCUUUGUGGCCGACUUCAGCUUUCUGCAUUCUAUAAAGGCAUUUUUCAAAUACAUCUCCAACGGGCCAAAUCAUAAAAUCUUUGCGCCAAUGGACUGUACACUUAUAGUUUGUCUUUGUAUCACAUGUACAGUCGUGUUGUUCCGCUUCUCUCAAUAUAUUCCAGUUCCCAUGGAGUUUAGACAUUUAAUUGUUUGUAAAGUAUGUGAAGCGGUAUUCUUAUUACUUGUCAUUAAUUUGAGUAAGAGCUCAAUCACCAAUAACAUUUGAAGCUGUUUAUAUAGCACCUAUCAAAUAUUCAUAUAGUCUAAAUCCUGCACCAUCUUCAUCGCACACACCUACACAUUUUAAACGACAAACUGUACCACACUUUCCCAAAAAGCACUUCUUUACUUGAAAUCUCAGCUUAUAUCAUGAUCACAGUGUUAAUGAUGAUACACACAGAAAAGAAUAGCUCUUUUUACCUCGUGUGUGUGUGUUUUAAUAAAUCCAUGUCUUGCUUGGUAUUUUGUAAGUAUGUCAGUAUUUUUAUUAAUUUGAAACCUGUAUACAAACUACACUGAGUGAUUCUAGGAUUUAAACUUUUUUAAACCCAGUGCUUCUCAUUUAUUUUCUGUCAUUCCUCCACUGGUGUACAGAAAUGUUUUCACGGCUCACUAUUGAGAAAAUAAUAUCUAUAUCUGUACGGCACAGACUGAACUCAAAACUGAAAUCAGCUAAAUGCAACAAAAUGGAGAGCGGUGAAGCAUACGAGUGUAUAUUUAAGAGUCGAAUUACAUGCUGAGUACGACAAAUGAAUUCAUGCUGCCAGGUCUGCACUAGUAUUGAUUGUC